AUGGAUGAAACCGAGUGCCCGACCGUGCCAACCAGACCUGUCAAAACCAUCGCGCGCAAAGGACAAAAGCAGGUCGGCUCAUCAACAUCUGCCAAAAAAGGCACCAAUGUGUCUUUGGCUUUGGCCGUCAGCGCUAGUGGCCAGUCUAUACCGCCAUUCUUCCUCUUUCCCCGAGUCAACAKGAAAGAGAUUUUUAUGACUCAUGCGAGUCAUGGCGCUCACACCGGUGCUAAUGCCGAUUCGCCAACCAUGUUGCUACUGGACAACCACGGUUCGCAUUUAUCGAUCGAGGCRAUAGAUUUGGCGUUGGAUCAUGGCAUCACGUUGCUGUCUUUUCCGCCGAAAUGCACGCACAAAAUGCAGCCGCUAGAUGUUGYRGUAUUUGCACCAUUUAAAGGCAURAUGACCGUGAAGCAUGAUGCAUGGAAAAAGUCCAACAUUAGGGUCACUUUCGAUCUGCAUCAUGUGCUGCUCCUUGUCGAUCAGUGCCUCGAUAGGCAACCUUCACCUCAACAGAAAGACUAUAACAGAAAAAGCAGUGGCGUUAGCCCUGUGAGCGACAUCAGCGGAGGCAGUAAAAAUAUUGCAACAGUCAAUGCACGCAACGCUGGCGGUAGUUUCGAAGUUAAAUGUUUUCAAUGGCUAAAGCAAGGUGCUAAUGUAAAUUCACGCUGA